GGGGCCGGCGAGACGGAAGGCCUUCCCUCUCGCUGGGCGGGAGAAGGACGUGCUCUUUGGCUUGUCAGCCGCGUCCUCUCCGACCAAAACGGGGCUGGGCCCGAGCGGAGCUUAGAAGCCUGUAGGAGUUUGGAAGGGAGGCGCUCGCUCCGCCGGGAAAAGUUUGUGGUUGACCGGGGCUGGAGCACACAAGGCGAGGAGAGGGGGAGGAAGGGAGACGAUGAUGCCAUGGAGAUCUGCUGGCAAUCUCCUCAGAGAAAGUCCCCUCCCGUCGUCGAGGAAGGAAGGAUCCCUUUUUUACUCCUGCAGUCGAGGACGGAGAACUAGGGGCAUGUGGGCUAACUUGAGGAGGCGGAGCAAGCCAGAAUAGUGGCAAAGAAAGACUCAUCCAGAAGAACCCAAGGAAGUUGAAGGAUUUUUUUGGGGGGGGGGGUUCUCUAGAAAGAUCUCUUGUCUGGACGAGGGUCCCCAAAAGAAGGCUAGGAGAGACCGCGCAUACGAAAUAAGGAGAUAUCCCUAAACAGCAAGGACGAAUCUCAUCGAGGAGUUUGGGGGAGGUAGGGUUUAGUUAAGGAGUUCUCAUUUGAUUCCAGGAAACUUUGAUGCGAUCAGGGUAGGAGGUCCUUCUCAGCUUUUCUACGUGACUAGCAACUAGCAGCAGUGAGAACUUACUCCUGCCCUCUCAUCCCCUGACCCUGGGAUCACUGACUCUCCUUAACCCUGUUUCCCCACAAACCAUGGCAUGGUCUAGUUGUGGUCCCAGCUGCAACCCACCUUGGCCUCCCCGUUACCGUUUCCUGGACCUGGUCUUUGCCUUGUUGGGCACCGUUGCGUUUCUGGUGGACCUGGGCGCUGACGUGUGGGUAGCUGCCAGUUACUUGAAGGCCGGGCACUACCACUGGGGUGGACUGGUGCUGGGGCUGUUGGUCUUGUCGUCACUGACAACACAGUUGUUCAGCUUGGCCUGGUACUGGAGUGACCCCAAAGAUCUAAUGCAACAGCUGCCCACAGGCAGGACCCUCGUUGCCUUACACUUCCUACAGCUUGGCUACCUGUACAGGUGUUUCCAUGUUCUGAGGGUGGGCUUCCAUGUCUGCCGAUUGAAGGCUGCAGAAGAUGCAGAGCGGGGUUACGCCAUUUUCCUGUCACACGACAUCAGCUUAUUGCGCCUCUUUGAGACCUUCCUGGAAAGCGCCCCUCAGCUCACCCUGGCUCUCUACAUUAUCCUACACACAAACAAAACUGAGAUAUUUCAGCUGCUUGGGAUUUGCACAUCUUUCCUAUGUAUCACCUGGGCCCUCUUGGAUUAUCACCAGUCCCUGCGCAGCUUCCUGCAGGAGAAACACAAGCUAGGCCUCUGCUCCUCUGCCCUCUACUUCCUGUGGAACUUCCUGUUGGUGUGCCCCCGCAUCCUGUGCCUGGCUCUCUUCGCUGUGGUCUUCCCAAGCUACAUUUUCUUUCAUUUCCUGGGAGUCUGGGGUGCCAUGCUUCUCUGGGUCACCUUGCAAGGCACAGACUUCAUGGAACAUGCCAUCUCUGAGUGGCUUUACCGGGCCGUGGUGGCUGUCAUUCUCUACUUCUCCUGGUUCAACGUGGCUGAGGGGAAGACGUGCCACCGCUCAGUCAUCUACCACACCUUCCUGUUGGUGGACAGUGUCCUCCUGGCUGUCUCAUGGCUCUGGAACAAUGCUCCCUUGAACAGUGACACCCAUGUGAUGCACGCGCUCUGUGCAGCCCUACCCUGUUACAUACUUGGGAUCCUUUGGAGAAGUGUCUACUACAAAUAUUUUCACCCCACUCGGCAGACUUUAACCCCGAUUGCUUAUGAUGAAGUGGACAACAGAGAGCUGGCAGGCAAAGGUGUUGUCGCUUUCCGGCAACUAGUUAUAGAAAGACACAUCAACCAUCGGACUUGCAAACUUGCGCAAAGCUUCUUUGCUGACACUCCUUCAUGGGAAGUACAGCACCAAGGAAAUGGGAAUCUUGGAGACAUUAAUCUGUGACCCUCUCUUCUAACUUUUGUGAUUGUUCCACUGAGUGUUUUUGGCCCUUAGGCUCAAUGAAGCCGUUGCCUUGAUGCCAGCUGUGUGUGGCUAAAUGACCUGUUCUUCAAGAGCCUAUUCCGUGAACAGCCCUGUCCCCUUUCCCUGAACAUUUAUGUCCCCUUCUACCCCCAACCUAACUUCAUGUAGCUAAAUUUGAAACACAAUGUUAUUACAGUAAUGUAUAUCAGUUCAAAUUGUCAAGCUGUUGGUGUUUUUUAAAAAAAUCUAAGGAGCUCAAGCGCAAACCAACUUUUAUUUAUCAGGCGCAUUAACAGCCUCCAUUCUUUUCUAAACGAAAAGCAGCUGUCAGAGGCUGGAAGUCUGAGUGGAGGAACAGCAAAUAGUCUGGGAGAGGGAGAGGGAAAGAGACUGCUGAAUUCUUUCCUUGCCAGCUAUUUUUCUUCUCAAACUUAAUCCCCAUCUGCUUUGUUGCUUGUAGAGGAGAGGAUAUGGGUAUCAUGCCACUGAAACCCCCUCUCUGUCUGCCUUCUCUUGACUCACAGCCUCCUGCAACUGUUUUUCAUGUUUAAAAAGUGGAUGCACAUUGGCUGCAUAACUUUAGCGUUCUUCGCUUGCAUGUGGACAGCUUGGAAAAGUUACUUUUUUUUAACUACAACUCCCAUCAGCCCCAGCCAGCAUGGCCACUGGAUUGGGCUGAUGGGAGUUGUAGUUCAAAAAAGUAACUUUUCCAAGCUCUGCAUGUGGGGCACUCAGGUGGUGAAACUGCAGCAGAGCUGUGCUGCUGGCCCCACCCUCAGCAUUCUAACUCCAGAGUGGCCCCACCCCUGAUGUGCCAUCAAUAAGCACCAAUGUUAUGCAAAGGAACCCUUGUGCAUGAAUCCUUACUCAUGUGUAGGGGGUUCCUUUGCUGAUAUUCAUGAACCGAGGGGUGGGGCUAGCCUGGGGGUGUGGCAUCAGGGGCAAGGGCAGCAGCAUGGCCCCAUUCCUACUUCACCACCUGAGUGCCCUACAUACGAGCAACAUACGAAUAAGGCUAUCGAGUUUGGCCUUCUGUUUAAAGAUAGAGUGUUAACUUAUUGGCAUUUAUGAAGUUGUUUAGACAGAAUAAAGCGCUUCGAUUACUGUU